AUGGCCUCGCAAUGGCCCAAGCCGGAAGGCUUCGAUGGCGAUAUUGAUCCUUUCGACCUUGUCGACCGGUUCAAGGAGCACUUUCUAUCGAUCUGCCGCUAUACCGCCGAUAACCCUACCGCGAUUGCACCCGCCAGCUAUGUUAUGGAAACGAUGUUUCAGGCCAACAAGGUUGUCGCCGUGUUGGCGAAGAACUUGAGCGAUGUUUCCAAUGCCCGCUUCCCUGAACCGAGGCCGGAGCCGGAGCCAGAGCAGCCUCCCUCAAAUCAACUUUCUUUGCAGGAUCGGCUCGCGGCGCUUUCGAAUAUGUUUGAAGUGAAGCAAGAAGAACCAACGGAAGAGCCUUCAGCUGGGGUUGAAGAAGCCGAUGAAGUGGCUCAGGAACUCUCGACUAUGGAUAUUUUUGGCCCUGAUCUGAAUCCUGAGGAUUCCGAAGAAGACGGAGAUUGGGGAAGUGAAUCCUCAGAGGAUGAUUCUGACGAUGACUAUUACGAAUAUGGAUCAUUCAGAGAUGACAGUGAGGAGGAGGAAGAGGGGGAAGAGGGGGAAGAGGAGGAAGACAGUGAGGCGCAAGAAGAUGCCACUAUUCUAGUCGAUGAUGAAGAUAUGGGAGACGAAUGCGAAGACGAGGUAGCCGAGGAGGAAAAUCCACCUGCUGAAGGUAAAGACUACCAACACCAUGAUUCAAUUCCUGAAAUUGACCAGUUAUGCUCGACCGAAUUAUAG